AUGCCCACUUUUACUUCUAGUAACCACACAAUGUCGCCUGAAGAAAGCUACGGUCGCCUCGACGAAUUCCUGUACACCAAUCAGAACAACGCCAUGAGCUUCACAGUCGACGAUGACAACCACGGCAUGGGUCUUUUAUGCGCCCAUUUGAAAGACGAUCAAACGCGUGCUACUACUGUAAGGCUCAACAAGCAUCAAAUUGGAGACUUUAUGAGAAGCCAUGGUUUCAAAUGUGAAUCGCCUUCCCUUCAAGAUCCUUCCACUGCCAUUCGCUGUGUACGCCCUCCUAUGCAACAAUAG